AAUAUCCCACUGCAUAUUUAGAUAUAUAGUAAGCACAUCGCCGUUGUUUAAAUAUUGUAUUCUGAAUGAGAGCCUCUUUGAAAUAAUCCUGUUAAUCAACAACUGAAAAAGGCUGAGCAAUUCGCAAGCAAUGUUCCUCGUUACAGAUAGCUCCCAAACCGUUGAAGUUUGAUGAUUUACCCAGCAUCUGACUGCCCAAACUGAAGAAGGUACGUUGGAAGUGCAGAUCAACAUGGCGCCCGCCGCAGCCCUUAGCACUUCACUUCUGUUCCUGCAGCUGAUCCCAUGCUUCAUGAUUUCCAAACUGUCGGACUUUAAAUUGUGCGGGGAUCCUGAAUGUGAAAGACAUCUGAGUAGAGUAACGGCUAUGUCGGAUUACACAGGUCGUGACUGUAGAUUCCUUACUUUUAAGCAUGGAGAUACCAUAUUUGUUUAUCUUAAAUUGACCGGGAAAAGAGAUGACUUAUGGGCUGGAAGUAUAGGGAAGCAAUUUGGAUAUUUUCCAAAAGAUGCAGUUAAAGUUGAUGAUGUCAUAACAUCAACUGAAGUAGAGCUACCAACCCAGGAUAAUGAUUUCCUUUGUCUUAAUGAAGAAAAUUAUCUCAUAGAUGAUGAAGAAAAUGAUUUUGUGAUUAAUGAAAAUGGAGAAAAUUCUUUCUCAAAGUCAGAAGAAAGAGAAGCCACAUUAGAACAUGGAGCUAAGUUUAAUAAAUACAACCAGGUUUAUGAAGGUAAUUCUGCCAAAACUGAACCUGUGGACAACAUAAUCACUCUUUAUAAAAGGCAGAUUCAAUCAGCACACCAUACUACAAAGCUAGAGAUGAACUCUGGUAAAGAGCAACUUCAAAAAAGCCUAGCACCUGAUGAGAAUGUACAAAUAAAUGAAAUUCUUUCACCAGUUAAUCAUCAGAAUCAAUUAAAUGAUGAGAGUGGCUCCGGACACACAGAUAAUAAUGAAUUUAACUUGUUCACUUUUCCUGACUCUGUUCAGAAUGAACAUAUUAGUACAGAAAAAGAUGAACAUCCAGGGCAGGAAAUCAGUGAAGAUAAACCUAUUACAAUGGAAAGUAAUGAAGUCUCUGAAGUUGUGCAAGAGGAAUCUGAUUGGAUUGGAUCUAGAAUUAGUGGGUGGUUUGGUUUGGAAGCUAAGAAGGAUGAACAGGCAGUGGAACCAAAUGACCUGUCUAUGCAGCAAAACUCUUUUAAAAGUCGGAAAAUUCCAUUAGACAAUGAUGAGGACACUGUAUUGUCAGAAGGGGGAGAUAAAAAUAUGUAUUAUGAGACUAAAGGAAUCCUUGAUUCUGGAAUGUCAGGUUGGAUUGGGGGUUUGUCAAAACUGUUAACUUUCAACAGUGAUUUAUCAGAAGAUAUUUUAUCUUCAAAGGAAGGUGAAAAUAAUAAACAUGAAAAUACUUACCUUGCUGAUGACUCAACAGACCCAAGUAAACCUUCAGUAACUAAGUCAGGAAACAAAAUAUCCGAGCAUUCAGUAGCAGAUCAUUCAAGGCCAAAACAUAGUGAAUCCGAAAAUAUUGACAAAGAUGAUCAGAACUUAAUGAGUAAUGUUCGGUCACUGUUUGGUUUAAGUGACAAGUCAUGGUUUGGGCAAAUCAAUGAUGCUCAGGAUUCAGAUGUGUCAGUAGAAACAAAAGUCACCAGGGAAGAAAGUAGAAAUGAUAAUGAUCAGUCAGAAUCUUGGUGGGUUAAUUUGAAUGCAGUAAGUAAUGUCUUCAGCUUUGGUAGUGAUAAUGGGGGUCAGACAUUCAGACCUUCAGAAGAAACACAAAAUCUUAAUGGAAAUGAAAAGGCUCCAGGAGGAAAAGGAAAAUCAAACUCACAAUGGUCACACUCUAGUUUAAGUAAGAUGUUAGGCUUUAGUCAAGGAAAUGAAUUUGAGAUCGCUACCUUAACGGAUGAAACUAAAGAAACCAUUAUUGAAAAUAGCAAGAAAACUACAUUGGAUGAUGAUAGGUCAAAAUCACAAAAGGAUACCUUUGGUUUAAAAGAUAUACUGAUGUUUAAUAAAAACAAUGAAGAUUGUUUUGCUUCCAAUCCUCCAGAAGAGAAAAGCUUAUGUAUCGUUAGAGAUAAGAAAGAAAACACAAUGAAUACCAAAUCUGAAGAGAGUUCUUCCACAUUGAAAUCAAUUACUGAUUCAGUAAUAAAUGGUGACACAACUCAGUCACCAAACCAAUGUCUAAACAGAGUGGAGAAUGAUGCCAACUGUCAGUCUGAUAGCUUGCCACAAUCUGAGAAGGAAUAUAGGGAAACAAAAAGUGAACACACUCAAUCAACACUUUCUAUGAAUGGGUUAAAAAACAGCUUUGAUGGCAGAACAUCAAAGUCACAAGGUGUUCAGGAACCACAAAAUUUUGAUUUCCUGCAUCCUAAUAAACCAUUGACACAGGAAAGUGUCCAUAAAGAUCAAAUUUUGCAAGAACAUUUGAUGCAUAUUUCAGAAAUUAAGCAACAUAUUUCAGAUGAUACAAAGACUCUGCCAUAUGAAAAUGUACAUUCUGGAGAAAAACUACAUGGUGAACGGGAGGAUGCACACAACCAGGACCUAAUCUCAGAAGUGCAACAGAUUGCUGUCAUGAGCAAACGUGACCCUUUAGCACCAGGAAGUUUGUCUGAAGAAGAACAGAGUUUAACAAUGCAUUCCAAAUGGACAUCUAAUGACAAUCCACAUUCAGAAACGACAUUUCUUACAGAGACAGAUAAUGCAGAUCGCUCAGUGUGGGAUAAAUUGCAAGUUGAACAUGAUCUUCCACAAGAUAAUUUAGCAUCCGGACUGAAAUCAGAGCAAUGUAUUUCAAAUCCCACUGAUUCUACCUCAGUAAAUAAGUUACAGAAUGGAAAAAAGUUCUCACAAGAACAGAUAGUAAAUACAGACUUAAAAGAGAAUCCUGUUUCAGAUGGUGAUCAACAUCAGUUAGAGGAAGAGUUACACCAUAAGCAAUUAACCUCACAAGAGAAAGAUGUUAUACCAGCCUUACAAUUUGAACAGCUUGAUGAUUCAGGUAACAACAAGCUUUUAUCCCAGACACAAACUGAUAAUGAACAGGAAGCCUUCAGUUUAAAAUUCAAUGAAAUUUCUUCCUCUAGUCAAGUCAGCCCAUCUUCACAGAAUGAAUUAUAUAAUGAAGGAGCCUCUGUACAAGUUACACAUUUUACCUCAGCAGAAGAGCAAACUUCAGACCAUUACAAUUUGUCGUCUGAGAAGGUUAAAAAACAUGAAGAAAUGUCACAACUAAUUAGGGAUGAUAAAGGGGUCAUAGCUACAAAUAUCAACGAUGAAACAUGGCAAUUACAAUCUAUGCAGCAGGCUUCAUAUCAUACUAGGGAUCUAUCAAAGGAAAAUCCAACUGGGGACCAAAAUGCCUUACAGUACCAAUCCUUGACAUUAGAUUCUGAAUCCAAUCAGCAGACCUCAGAUUACAGUGAAUGCCAAAAUGUAGAACAGCCUGUCAUGAAGGAACAUCAGCUUUUAAAAUCAGCAUCUACCGAGCUUGUUUCAGAUGCUGAAAAACCCUUUUCACUGAAAGCGCAUGAUGAAGAUAGCUUGCAAGCAACUUCUAAGUCGGAACUUAAGUGGCCUGCUACUUCAAAACAUGAGGAAGAUACUUCUACUGAAAAUGUGCGUGUUAAUGAAGACUUUGUCCAGACAGAUGCUUUGAUACAUGUCUCAGAUGAAAGCAAAGUUCUGGUAAAGGAAAAGUUGAAUGACAAAAACAGCAUUCACAAAAAAGAACAAACUUUAUCACAUCUUUUAUCAAAUUCACAAUCUGAAGGGAACACCCUUUCAUAUGAUGACAAAACCCUGAACCAAGGAAAGUCUUAUCAACAAAAUAGCAUGGAAGAUAAAGGGUUAUAUUUAGAAUCAGAAAAUCAACUUAUUGCUUUAAAUUCCACAGUAUAUUCAUCAGAGGAAGAAACAACUGCAGCUGUCAACAGUGGGACCACUACAAAAACUGAAAAUAGUAACAAGUUGCAUACUUCUCUGGAAACUGAAGCAAUGGUAGAACUUUUCAAUUCAUUACCUUCUGGGAAUGUGAAUCCACGUACACCACACUCUAGUAAACAUCAAGACACUGAUACUAAAAUUAAAUCACAGCAUGUUGUCAAAGAAACAGAUUAUCAAAUAAAUCAAGAUGACACUGAAAACAAUUUCCUGGGAGAUGAGAAAACAACAGAGUUACCCAGUGAAUCAUUUUCUGCCAACGUACAGGAGGAUGAAGCACAAAGGAAUUCUGAACAGCUGAUAAUGACCUCAGCUCAUGAAAGAAAAGACUCAAGCAAACUAAUUGAAGAAGUUCGUACCAGACCAGAGGCCAGCAGUGAAAAUGUGCUUGGAACCACUUCUACAAGUAAAGCUGAAACUGGUGCUGAAGAAGAAUCAGUGACAUCAAAAGAUGCUUUCAGUUCAGGUGACAUUUCAAACACUCAAGUUACAAACAAUGAGCAAAAUGCAGAAAUUCUUGAAAAAACUGUUCAAACAAGCAAGCUUAUGCAAGAGCAGAAUGGGACCAAGGACAACAGGGAAACUAGGAACUACCAGAUUGAAGAGAAAGCAAUGCCAACACAUGUAAGUGAAGCUAAAGAACCAUCAGUAUCUGAUGAUCCAGAAGUUGGAACACCAACUGACAAUGACAUUGAAUAUGAAACAAGUUUUGAUAUGGCAGCUGGCCAUAAACUGAGCAGAGUCUUUGAACGCAAUGUACGAAACUUCUUGAUAACAGUUGAUCAUUUCAUCCAAAAUUCAUAUCAGACAGUGAUGGAUACGUUACUUGAAGAUCUAGGAGCUUCAUCAAACUUGCAUGGUCCCUGCACUGAGUUGUUCCUGAUUUCAGUUCUGCUGGGGAUUAUCACUGCAUUGCUAUUCAUCUACAGGACUUGCCAGGCAGUGAAAAGCAGAAGAUACAUGGGGAGAGAGAAACAACUUGCAGAAAAAGUUUCCCAACUGUUUGAUGAGAAAUGCAAAAUUCUUGAAACACUGAGUAGUUGUAAACAAAAGUACAAUGAAUUUGAAGUUUCUGUGAAAGAUGCUGCCAGCUUAAAACAAUCAACAGAAACAAAGACUUUGCAUCUUCAGGACUCUUAUGCUAAAUUGGAUAAAUCAAAUAAUACUCUUAGACAAACGAUUGAUCAGUUCACACAGGAUUUAGAAGGAGAAAAGCAAACAAGAUCUCAACAAAGUAAUCUGAUUAUAGAACUUCAAGAAAAUUUAAAUGCGCUUGAAAAUGAAGCUCAAAGUCUCAAGAUGCAAAUUGAAGAGGCUAAAAAGGAAUUAAAAGGAAUUCAGACUAAAGAUGCAAAACACCAGGAAUCUUUUCAAGCUGCAAAAGAAGAGAAUUAUCAUCUCAUACAAAGCCAAGAGCAGCUGUUGCAAGAAUCCGAAGGGUGGAACGAACGUUAUAAUGAGCUUACAGAGCAUAUUAAAUUAGGUAUAAAGUCGCAGAAUGAUAUAAGGGAAGUUCUUAAAUGUAAAGAAGACGAAGCAAAGUCUCUGACAGAUUGCCUUCUAAAGAUGAAAUUGUGGAAUGUAGCUGAAGAGGAUAAUCUUGCAGAAGAAAUAUCAGAAGAACAACAGAAGCAAAAAAUUGAAAAAUUGAUCAAUGUUGCGAAGCUAAAUGCCAGCUUGAAGUCAGUGGAAGAGGAAAGAAAUCAGAUUCACAGCAAAUUGUCAGAUGAAAUCAAAGCAAAGCAAGAGCUGAUGGAGCGCGUUGAGAAACUCCAGUUGGAACAUACUUCAGCACAAUGUGUGAAAACUCAGUUUGAGACAGAAUAUAAAACCAUUCAGCAAAAGUUAAAGAUCAUGACAGAAUUGUACCAUGAGAAGGAAAUGGAGCUACAAAGAAAUCUAACUCUGGAAGAGCAUCAUAGGUUGCAGAAAGAAGAGAAACUUUCUGAAGUUGAUGAAAAGGUUAAUCAAGCAAAUGAAGAGCUCACUAUUUAUAGACAACGUGCUAAAGAUCUUGAAGAUGAAUUAACUAAAACUAUGCAGUCAUAUAAAAAUCAAAUUGUAUCCCAUGAGAAAAAAGCACAUGAUAAUUGGCUGUCUGCUCGUGAGGCUGAACGAGAACUUGGCAAUGUUAAAAGAGAGAAUAUUCACCUUCGACAAAAAAUAACUGAAGCAGAAUUCAAAAUGGAUAUUGCUUUGAAGGAUCCACUUUUAAUUGAAGUAUCUGGAACAGCAGCAUUAAGUGCUUCAGCGCUUGGCCCACCAUACAGAGGAAGAAGUUCUCCAUAUGGCCCUUCUCCGGUGGGUCGACCUGGCUCCGAACCUAUGGGCUUUCUAUCACCUCCAUUACUAGAUGGGCCCUUAAGGUUUUCACCUUUGUUUCCUGGGAAACCAGACUCUAAAACGAGAGGUCCAUCAAUCCAUCUGGAUCGCACAACUAAUGAAAAUACAGAUUCUGUUUCUGACCGAAUGUCUGAUCAGCAUGGUCCACAGUCAGACAGUGGUUCACUGUCCCCUGUGUGGGAAAGAGAUCGUAAGCUGUGCAGAGCAUCACCAGCUUUGAUAUGUGAAGAUGGGCGCCCCAAACUAGAAAAUAGCAUGCAAACUUCAAAUUCUGCUUCAGAAAGCCAGGCCCAAGAUUGUGACUUACUAAAUGCAUCUCUAAACCAGUCUCUUCCUGUGGAAGCUGAAUUUGGAAUUCGACCUGGUUUUCCACUUGCCUAUCCCAGCCACGUUCCCUCAUUACCUGUUGAUCUAAGAGGUCAUGUUCCACUCAGAGGACAUCCACUACCUCCACGUGUUGGAAUCUAUGGUCCUCCGGAAUGUUUCCCGCUAAGAGCUUUUGGUUUGCCGCCUCAUCCUUCCAUGGGAAUAAGAGAUCCAUUGCGACCAUAUGUGAGUAAUUUCCCACCACCUCGGCCAACUUUCCUACCACCCAGACCAGUUCCAGGUAUUGCUGGCGGCCUUCUUCCUUCACGGUUUCCUCUAUCCAGGUUUUCCUCAACUGAACAUCCAUCUUCACAAGAUAAAUAAUUUGCUGAUGGAACUGAAUCAAUGGCUGUCUGAUUUAUCAAAAAGUGCAUUAGAGUGUAAAGUGUAGGUUACGAUAUUGCAUUUUUUUGUUGAUGUUUGCUAUAAUUGGUGGUAACCUUACACUUUGCAUAAAGGCACACAUUUUCUGAAAGUGCUGUUUGAUUAGAAUUGUACACCUCAGGAGUCUUGCAUAGAAGUUAAGCUUUUAUUGUGCAAUACUGCAGGGUUUUACCAUGCACUGGUUUUAGUUCAGAGCAUUGUUUUUAUCCAGACCAUUUUAGGUAAGGAAUUUGUAAAUGCUUAACUUGAAUGGCAAAACAAUAUGA